GAAAGUUCUUUGCCCCGUGAGCUCAUCUCUCUUCUCUUCUAUCUCUGACUCGUGGUUUUCUGAAAACGAAAAGUUUGAAACUUUCGUGUUAUUCUUCGUCACUGAUUGUGACACAUAUAAAAGAACCCCUAAAAGAUUAUCCUUCUUCACCUACAACAAAUUCUGGCCAUGAAAGCAAACUCACCCCAAGCUUUAAAUGCAAAGUAGCGAAACAUCCCAUCCCAUCUCCUCCCUCUCUCUCUUAACCACUAAGCAAAAAUCCCAUCUUUCUAUAUAAACCUCUCUCCCAACUCUGCUACUUCCCACCGUAAAUCGUUUCUGGGUUCUUAAGAAUAACAUGGCCUCGUCAUCAUCAUCAUCUUAUAGAUUCCAAUCUGGGUCUUACCCUCUUUCGUCAAGUCCUUCUCUUGGGAAUUUCGUCGAACGCAUUAAAGACGCUUGUCAUUUCCUUGUCUCUGCUGUUUUGGGUACCAUUAUCUCCGCGAUCUUGACCUUCUUCUUCGCACUAGUGGGCACAUUGCUAGGGGCACUUACAGGAGCUUUGAUAGGUCAAGAAACUGAGAGUGGUUUCAUUAGAGGAGCAGCAAUUGGAGCCAUUUCGGGAGCUGUUUUCUCUAUCGAGGUCUUUGAAUCAUCUCUGGAUCUCUGGAAAUCCGAUGAGUCGGGUUUCGGAUGUUUUCUCUACUUGAUUGAUGUCAUUGUUAGUCUUCUAAGCGGGAGACUUGUACGAGAGCGCAUUGGUCCUGCAAUGCUAAGUGCAGUGCAAAGUCAAAUGGGAGCUGUGGAUACAGCUUUUGAUGAUCACACAAGCCUUUUUGAUACAGGAGGCUCAAAAGGAUUGACAGGAGACCUUGUUGAGAAAAUCCCAAAGAUGACAAUCACUGGCAACAAUAACACUGAUGCUUCUGAGAACACAGACUCAUGUUCUGUUUGUCUUCAGGAUUUCCAGCUCGGUGAAACAGUUAGAAGCUUGCCUCAUUGUCAUCACAUGUUUCACUUACCUUGCAUAGACAAUUGGCUCCUUAGACACGGUUCUUGCCCGAUGUGUAGACGUGAUAUUUAAUCUCUUCAUCUCUCCAUCGUCCGUCUCUCAUAAUGCAGUUUAACCUCGCAGUUCAGAUAUUUCUACAGCUCGUACAUCAAGAGUCUGCUCUGCUCUUCUUCCCUCCUCCUUGAGUUUCAUGUAAAUUCCAGUUCUUUUGGCUGUUUACAAUUACGAUACCUCUCUUACUCUUUCAGAGUCAUUGUAGGACUCCUAGUUCUCUAAUGUACAAAGAAACACAAAAAUAGAGUUUUUGUUUUAUCUAAUUCUUUACUCUGGCUAAUGUUGUGUGACUUGUGUUCCAUUGAGCCAGAAACUAGUUUGGUCGGCUUUUUCUUAAGCACUUGAAACAAGAGACACUACUCACGGGACCAAAUCCAUUGAACGAUAUUAUUAGAUUCUUGUCUGGUGUAACCAAACUAAGUACUUACGUAUUUAAUUAAAGCACUCUUUUGAUGUAAUUUGCUCUACCUAACAAUAUUUAACACCAAUUGCUUUUUUUUUUUUUUGUGUGUGUGAAGUCUUUGUCUAGCACCAAAA